GACUGUGGCGUUCGGUUAGUUGGUGAUCUUUCGCCGAGAGCGCAGCACGCAGCACUCAGCACGCAACGCCUUUCGCAGUCGCAGGAAGCAGUGAUUCUAGAGUUGGCAGCAACUUCUCGUAUCCCCCAGACCGUUUGUGGGCGCUUCUGUUCCGGCUUCUUCCGCGAACCACAGUCGUUUCGAAAUCACUCUACAUCGUUUCAACCAUCCGAGUAUUCGAACCGCAAAUAAUUGCAUAAUUACAAAAAGUUUUUCAAAAAAAUAUAUAAGAGUGCUGCGAGUGCGAAAAAAAGAAAAAUUUAUUUCCGAGUCUGCUGAAUCAUCGCAUAUACACAGCUUUUCGUAUACAUAAAUCAGUUUUCGCAGCCUUCGCGCUGUCCACGUCAUCAACGAAAAACAUUAACCAAAUUUUGGAGUCCAAGCGAAAAAUAAAAAAGUUAACCGUUAAAAGUGCGAAAGAACAGCGCCAAAAUGUCGAAGAAUAACGCAAAGGGCGGCAAAGGCGAAUUCGAAUUCCCGCAGCCAGCGAAGAAGCAAACCUUCUCGCAAAUGAUCUACGAUCCCCAGGAUGGAACCUUCUUCGGUCGAACCGGCAAAAAUUGGAGUCAGCUGCUGCUGUUCUACACGAUCUUCUACAUCGUGCUCGCCGCCCUGUUCACCAUUUGCAUGCAGGGUCUGUUGUCCACCGUCAGCGAUACGGAGCCCAAGUGGAAGCUGCACGACUCCCUGAUAGGCACUAAUCCUGGCCUGGGAUUCCGUCCCUUGAGCGAGCAGACCGAGCGUGGAUCGGUGAUCUCCUUCGAUGGCAGGAAGCAGGCCGAGAGCGACUACUGGAUCGAGCUGAUUGAUGACUUCCUCCGGGACUACAACCACACCGAGGGUCGGGAGAUGAAGCACUGUGGCUUCGGACAGACCCACGAUCCCACAGACGUGUGCGUGGUCAACACGGAGUUGUUUGGCAGCUGCUCGCGAGCCAACAACUACGGCUACAAGACAAACCAGCCCUGCAUAUUCCUGAAGCUGAACAAAAUCUAUGGCUGGGUUCCGGAAGUGUUCGACGAGGCGCAGAAGGGUAUGCCAGAAGAUCUGAGGACGGUGAUCAACGACACGAAGAAGGAGGAGCGCCAGCAAAUCUGGGUGAGCUGCAACGGACACUUGGGCAAGGACAAGGAGAACUUCCAGAACAUCAGGUACUUCCCCAGCCAGGGAUUCCCAAGCUACUACUACCCGUUCUUGAACCAGGGGGGAUACCUGAGUCCUCUGGUCGCCGUCCAGUUCAACUCGCCGCCCAAGGGCCAAAUGCUGGACGUUGAGUGCCGCGCCUGGGCCAAGAACAUCCAUUACAGCGGCAGUGCCCGCGACCGGAUGGGGUCAGUGACCUUCCAGAUCAUCGUGGAUUAGGUCGGGAAUCAUGUCGCCAACUUGUGAUCGCAACAACAAACACUAGCCGCAUGCUGGGCAAGGACAUGGCAGCCGCAUCGGAGACCAACUACCACCUACCUUACUAAAAGAGAUAUACACAUAUGCAUUAAUUGAUAUAUAUGGAAAGAGCAAGCGACCUUAGGUUUCAAGUGUAUUGUAUAUAUUUAUAUGAGAGGAUCCGACCGUCAAUUGAAUUCUAAGCAUCUGGCCCGACAUGAAAAUAAAAAAGUUGAAAAUCUUCAAAAUAAAGUUCAAAUCGUACACACGCAAUUGUUGUUAUAGCUUUCAGCUUGUCUAUUGCUAUAAAUUAUUACUAUUAAUAUUUAUCUUAUUAUUUCAUUAUAAAUUCUUGUAAUUACGAUCAAUAUUUUCUGUCAGUUGUAUUUAGUUUUUAAUUAUAAAUGUUAUAACAUGCCCGAAAGUUCUUUGUUUUCUGUACAAGGCUCAGGCUUGUUCGGUUUGUACAAAGAAUUAACUAAAUAAAUUGUAAUUGUUAAACUUA